AUGAAAGUACCUAAAGUAACUGGAAUCUUUCUAGUUGUUUUGUUAUCCCUUACAAUUCUCAACUUUUUGUUGAUGUACUAUACAUAUUUUGUUCUAGUGGUGUCGUCAGUACGUAAGACAGCGGAUGGGAUAGAUGCGGAAACACAAGGAAAUGGGAAAAUACCUCAUCCACAUGAGCUAUUUGUCCCACUUCUUACAUUUAUUCCCACAAGGUCCCCCGUUUUAACACGGCCAUGGGUUUUAUUGACGUGCAGCUUCAUAGAAAUAGAUUUCAUCAGUUUAAGCGUCAGUUUCUUACUUCUAUUUUACCUUGGAAAAUACCUUGAAAAUAUGUGGGGCUCUAGGGAAUUUACAAAAUUUGUUAUGAUUAAUAUAAUUGUGCCCAAUUUAUGCAUUUACUUUUACUAUACUUUGAAAUCUAACCUUCUAGGUACUGAUGAGUAUCCUCCAGUUGUUUUAUCGAGUAUGGGUGUCAACAUGGGAUUUUUCAUGGCAAUCAAGCAACGAAUAAGUAAUCAUUACUUCUUAUUUUUCAAAGGAAAUUUAAGAAUUAAAGUGACAUACGUGCCUUUCAUAGCGUUAUCAUUUUUUUUCAUUCUCAGCUUAAUUAGUGAAGAGUGUAAAAUAACGUUCUUGCUUGGAAUUUGUGGGUUUUUUACAAGUUGGGUAUACUUAAGGCUCUUUAAGUUUGGAACCAAUGACAGAAAAUCCUACCUACUACCAUUUAGCCUUCAUCGUAAAAAAUCAGAUAAUAAGUUCAAAGUGAUGCCUACAGGAAAGAGAAUAGAAAGAUCACAAUCUACCACUUUGCACAUAGAUAAUGCACCUUUAAAAGGAGAUAGAUCAGAGCAGUUUUCAUUUUAUACCCUAUUUCCUUAUCCAUUGUCAAUUAUUGUCAAAGUAAUGUCCAAUUCAAUUUUUCUAUUAUUAACACGAUUUAAGAUUUUAAAUAAAGAAGACUUUGCAGAGUUUGAUAUAGAUGGCGAGGAUCCAUUUGCAUUUGAAGAUAUGGAUAAUUUGCAAUCUAAUCUAUUCGGACUAUCUUCGCUACGUGGGGCCGAAGGUGUCUCGGCAAUUCCAAGUGCUUUGCCAACACUGAAAAGAAUUUGGGAUUGGCUCACAAGCAGGGAAAUAACAGCUAAAACCUUCAAUAUUAACACAAAUAUGGACAAACGAAGAAAAUUGGCCUUAAAAGAGCUUGAGUGA